UUCUAUUGUCAGAGUUGAUCCUAAUUAAAAUUUUCAGCUAUGUUUUUAGAAAAUCUUGUUCGUUGCAUUACUGGAUCGUCGUCAGACGGGCUAGGAAUUAACAGAACAGGUUAUCACUUUCAAUCACCAAAAAACUGGAUUAACGACCCAAAUGGACCUAUGUAUUAUAAUGGUAUCUACCAUCUUUUCUACCAGUACAACCCGAAUAGUGCUGAAUGGGGAGAUAUCGUGUGGGCUCAUUCGGUAUCGAAAGAUAUGGUCAAUUGGUUCCACGUCGAUAUUGCAUUGCACCCUACAGAUCCAUUUGAUAUUAAAGGGUGCUGGUCAGGGUCUACCACCAUCCUUCCUGGUAAGGGACCUGUGAUCUUUUACACCGGUGGUGAUUCAGAAAACCGACAAGUUCAGAACAUUGCUGUACCAAAGGAUUUAUCAGAUCCCUUACUUGUGGAAUGGAAAAAGCUGGACCAGAACCCAGUUAUCUCCACUCCAGAUGGCAUUAAACCCGAUAAGUUUCGGGACCCAAGUACUGGAUGGUUAGGUGAAGAUGGGUACUGGAGAGUUAUAAUAGGGAGUGAGAAAAGCAGAUUAGGGAUGGCAUUGUUGUUUAAAAGCAAGGAUUUCUUGACAUGGACACAAUCUGAAAAUACAUUUCACUCUGCUUCAACCGCUUCAGACGAAAACGGUAUGUGGGAAUGCGUAGAUUUUUUCCUCGUGGCAUUGAAAGGGGAAGCAGCAUUAGACACCUCCGCAAGAGGAGACAAUAUUAAGUAUGUAUUUAAGGUGAGCGAUCAAGAUACGUUCUCUGAUUUUUAUACAGGGGGGGAUUAUUUUCUGAACAAUGGUGAGUAUUAUACACCGGAUAACACUGUAGGUGAUCCUUAUUCGCCUGUUACUGCUCUAAGAUUAGAUUAUGGCAAAUUCUAUGCAUCUAAAACAUUCUUCGAUGAGGCAAAAAACAGAAGGAUAUUGUGGGCAUGGGUAAAUGAACCUGAUUCCAAUGCUGAUGCCAUUGAAAGAAGAUGGGCUGGUAUUCAGUCAAUACCGAGGACACUGUGGCUGGAUAAAAAUGAAAAACAGCUCCUGCAAUGGCCCGUUGAGGAACUCGCAACCUUAAGAACAGAUGAAGUUGGAUGCACUAAUGAACCUCUGACCACGGGAAGACCUCUUUUUGAAGUUCAGGGAAUAACAGCUGCACAGGCCGAUAUCGAAGUUACAUUUCGUAUACCAAGUUUAGAAAAUGCAGAAGUUUUUGAUCCUUCAUGGGUUGACGCCCAACAACUCUGUGGUGAAAAAGGUGCUGUUGUUCAAGGUGGCAUUGGACCAUUUGGAUUGUUAACCUUAGCUUCAAAGGAGUUAGAAGAAUACACAGCAGUAUUCUUUAGAGUUUUCAAAGCUCAAGACAAGUAUGUGGUGCUUAUGGGUUCUGGUGGUGACAGGUCAUCCUUAAGAGGAGAAGGACUAAAUAAACCCUCAUAUGGGGCAUUUGUGGAUGUUGAUUUGGUUGAUGGGGAAAUUUCUCUAAGAUGCCUGAUCGAUCACUCAGUGGUGGAAAGCUUCGGUGCCGGAGGAAAAGCUUGUAUCACAACUAGGACUUAUCCGACACUUGCAGUAGGAAAACAAGCCCAUCUAUUUGCAUUCAACUACGGAUCAGAGACUGUUGAGAUUGCAAAACUAAAUGCCUGGACCAUGAAAACUCCUGAAAUGAACCUCAGCGAUGGGGUAACCUUGCUGCGUGCAGCUUAAACAUUACGUCUGCGAGCAUUGGCUUUAGAGUUCUUGAACUCUUGGUUUGGCUAACUUAAGCUGGUUCUGGUAUGGUCGUGAUUGGUGGACUUGUGGUUGUCUUUUUUAUUUUCCCGAGUCUAUUUGGUUUAUGUUGUGUUGGCCCUGUUGGAUAUCUAAGUCUCUUUGUUGGCCUUUGGGGUCUUCCUUUGUUCUUUAUAUUAAGAAUUUGUAUGAUACAUUAACGUCAAUUUGUAAACCUCGAUUAGAUAUU